AUGUCCUUUCUCUCGUCGUGCUGCGGCUUUGGCCGCAAGCGAGGUGCUGAAGAUACCACGCCCCUCCUCCCUCGCUAUGAAGACGACACUGCACGUGAAAGGGCCCUCCACCAGAAGCUGCAUACUUACCAGAUGCUAAGGGCCCUUUCCAAAGCGUACAUGCCCUCGAACGAGCAGACCAUUGUCAAUCUGCGUACCUUGCUUGCCUCAGACGUCCUCAAUCCCAACAACAAGGAGCUCAGUCAGUCGGGCCGGCUCUUGGUUCGAAACUGUCGUGCAUGGUUGAAGAUUUUCAUCGAACUUCUCCAUCAUAAGAAUGCCGAAGAUCAGAUUCAAGAUUUCAUCUGGAACCUCACCAAAUCCCGAGUGUCCCUCGAUAUCAACGACAUUUCCCAUUCAGCUAGCCAGGCCAAAUCUCGAGCUGAGGCCCAGGCCGCCUACCAAAGUUUCCGGACUGUCGGAAGUCUCCUGCUUGCAAAUGCGGACUUCAGACUCUUUGUCAACGAUGUUGCUACAAUAGGACGACAAGUUCUGGCAGACACGGCCUUUUCCCUGUCAUCGGCAGCACAUGAGACGGGCAAACAACUCGAACUCUCCGAACAGGAACAAAGUGCCGUGGCGAAGCCUGAGGCCGAUGAAGGCACUCUGCCCUCCAAAGACGAGCUGGAACAAAAUGCGGAAGAAACGACCAAAGUGAUCGGCUCCCAGGUAGCCAAAGUCGGCAUUGAUUCUUUCGAGAGUGCAAAGGAAAAUUUCUCCGGUUCACAACGCGAGACUCUACUUCAUCGGAUCAAGCAGGCCGUUCUCAACCUGAGGGGUCGCACAGACUACAACGACUCCGUGUCUACGUUGGCAAAGUUGAUCAAGAGAUAUGCUGUAGCGUAUUCCCGUGUUGCAGAUGCCGCUCUCGCAACCGCCCAAGACGAUAUCGAGACCAAUCCAGCUUUGGAUCGUGCAGUCCGCAACUUCUGGGAGUUCCUCGGCAGCUUCGGUGAUCGAGAAGCAUGGGAGCAACUGGAACAAGAUUUCAACAAGCUCCUCAGCCACGCUCAGUCCGACCCUCAAUUUGAGACGUUCAUGGUAGACGUCGGCAACACGGUCCAACACAUGUUCACGGACCCAGAGUUUUUCGACGACGCGGAUAAGAAGAUCGAAGAGCUGAAAGAGAAAUCCUCCAAACUGGGCAAUGACUCGGACUUCCGCACCGACUUUGACCAGUUGCUCCGCCAAGCUCAGGUCACAAUCAACUCGAUGAUGGAAGAUAAGGAUGUUAAUGGUCUGAUAUUGACAACCCGGCGAAUCUAUGAAAUUGUGUCUCCAACAAGCAAGAUCAUCAAUCCGGACCUCAUCACCGACGCCAUCCAUAUCUUUCUCCCACUGCUGAUUCGCAAUGUGCAAUACAUACCCAUCCCUCGGGUGGAAGUCUCCGUGCCAGAGAUGGACCUUCUCCUCGAAAACCUUGUCCUGGAACCUGGCCGGAACGUGAACUCGACCUCUUUCCUUCCAUAUCGCUUGGCGGUUUCGACCAAGAACGACCUGGAAAUCCGCAAAGCGCAUUCUCGGAAAACGGUCUCGAAAACUAAAUCUCUCGUGACCAUCACCAUCAAUGGUCUCAGUGUUGCCGCCCAAGAUCUUGGCUUCUGGAUUCGGGGCCACGCGGGCCUGGUGCAUUUUGCGGAUGAAGGCAUUGCGAGUUUCUACCUGGAUGAGCGCGGCAUCGAUAUUACCCUGGAUCUUGAGAUUGGACGCGAGAAGCUCGAACAGAUUCUGACCCUCCGGGGGGUGAAGGUGCAUAUCCACAAACUCGACUACAAAUUGCGCAAGUCCAAACUCUCUUGGCUCGGCUGGCUGUUCAAGCCUUUGUUGAAACAUCUGGUCCGCCGGUCCCUUGAGAAGGCGCUCGCCGAAAACAUUGUCAACGCCCUGCGAGCAGCAAACCGCGAGUUGGUGUUUGCUCGAGAACGCCUCCGGGCUACGCGCAUCGCUGAUCCGCAAGACGUGGUGACAUUCUUGAAAGCAGUCAUGGCGCGACUGACGCCUGAGGAAGACCCGGAUCUCUACACUCGAGUGGGUGUGGAUGCUCCCAAACGGGGUGUCUUCAAAGGCGUGUAUACGCCUGGAAGCAUUGUGAAGCUCUGGCAUGAGGAGGCUCUCAGGGCAGAGGAGGCGGUGCAAGAUGGAGAGGAGACGGGAGGAGGUUGGAGAAACGACAUUUUCGAUGUGCCUGUGUAUUGA